AACCCAGCAAAAUGGGGAUCUCCAGAGUCAUCCUUGAAAUGUGUCUAUUGGGUCAAGUUCUAUCUUCAGUUUCCAUAACACCAACAAGAGAAGACACCACAGGAAACACUUUUGAGGAGACACGUGUGUCAACUGGUAACUAAACUCUGGGGCUGGGGGACAGCCCGAAUGUCUCUGCCUCAGUCAAUGCUUCAAGUGGUGAGUGGGCCACCCAGACUACAGGCUCUGAUUUGCCUCUGAGGCUGGUGAAUGGAGGUGACCGGUGUCGGGGCCGGGUGGAGCUCCUGUACCAAGGCCACUGGGGCACCGUGUGUGACGACAGUUGGGACGCCCAGGACGCAGAUGUCGUCUGUCGGCAGCUGGGCUGCGGCCACGCAGUGUCGGUCCUGGGCGGGGCCCACUUUGGUCAGGGCUCCGGGAACAUUCUCUUGGGCACAGUGCACUGCUCGGGAUCGGAGUCCUCCCUGUCCAGCUGCCCCCACGGCGGCUGGUACCGCCACGAAUGUGGACACAAGGAAGACGCUGGAGUCGUGUGCUCAGCUGCUUUGCUUUCCACGGAGGAACCCCUGACAACGCCUGCAGAAGGGUUUGCUGAAAGAUCAAAUUUGGACCUGAGGCUGGUGAAUGGUAGUGACCGGUGUCAGGGCCGGGUGGAGGUUCUCUACCAAGGCUCCUGGGGGACCGUGUGUGACGACGGCUGGGACAUGAAUGACGCCAACGUGGUCUGCAGGCAGCUGGGCUGUGGCUGGGCCAUGUCGGCUCCAGGAGGUGCCCGGUUCGGGCAGGGAUCAGGGUCGAUUGUCCUGGAUGAUGUGAGCUGCUCAGGGCGUGAGUCCUACCUGUGGAGCUGUCCGCACCGAGGCUGGAACUCGCACAACUGUAGCCACGGGGAGGACGCUGGCGUCAUCUGCUCAGCUCCGCAUAGUUACUGAGACGUUCUUGUACCAUCUCUAGGGUUCGGGACUGAAGGAAAUUUGGCUUUGAGGCUGGUGAAUGGAGAUAACCAAUGUCAGGGCCGGGUGGAGGUUCUCUACCAAGGCUCCUGGGGGACCGUGUGUGACGACAGCUGGGACAUCAAUGACGCCAACGUGGUGUGCAGGCAGCUGGGCUGUGGCUCGGCCACUUCGGCUCCGGGAAGUGCCCGGUUUGGUCAGGGAUCAGGGUCUAUUGCCCUGGAUGACGUGCGCUGCUCAGGGCAAGAGUCCCACCUGUGGAGCUGCCCGCACCGAGGCUGGAACUCGCACAACUGUGGCCACGGGGAGGACGCUGGCGUCAUCUGCUCAGGGUUCGAGACCGAAUCGAGUUUGGCCCUGAGGCUGGUGAAUGGAGAAAACCGGUGUCAGGGCCGGGUCGAGGUUCUCUACCAAGGCUCCUGGGGGACCGUGUGUGACGAUAGUUGGGACACCAAUGACGCCAACGUGGUGUGCAGGCAGCUGGGCUGUGGCUCGGCCACGUCGGCUCCAGGAAGUGCCCAGUUUGGGCAGGGAUCAGGGUCGAUUGUCCUGGAUGACGUGAGCUGCUCAGGGCAGGAGUCCUACCUGUGGAGCUGUCCGCACCGAGGCUGGAACUCGCACAACUGUAACCACGGGGAAGAUGCUGGCGUCAUCUGCUCAGGGUUUGGGACCGAAGGGACUGUGGACCUGAGGCUGGUGAAUGGAGGUGACCGGUGUCAGGGCCGGGUGGAAGUUCUCUACCAAGGCUCCUGGGGGACCGUGUGUGACGACGACUGGGACAUCAAUGACGCCAACGUGGUGUGCAGGCAGCUGGGCUGUGGCUUAGCCACAUCUGCUCCAGGAAGUGCCCGGUUCGGGCAGGGCUCAGGGUCAAUUGUCCUGGACAAUGUGCGCUGCUCAGGGCAAGAGUCCCAUCUGUGGAGCUGCCCGCACCAAGGCUGGAACUCACACAACUGUAACCACGGGGAAGAUGCUGGCGUCAUCUGCUCAGGGUCUGGGACCCAGUGGACUCUGGACCUGAGGCUGGUGAAUGGAGGUGACCGGUGUCAGGGCCGGGUGGAGGUUCUCUACCAAGGCUCCUGGGGGACCGUGUGUGACGACGAUUGGGACAUGAAUGACGCCAAUGUGGUGUGCAGGCAGCUGGGCUGUGGCUCGGCCACUUCGGCUCCGGGAAGUGCCCGGUUCGGGCAGGGCUCUGGUCCAAUUGUCUUGGACAACCUGCGCUGCUUAGGGCACGAGCCCUACCUGUGGAGCUGCCCGCACCAAGGCUGGAACUCACACAACUGUAACCACGGGGAAGACGCUGGCGUCAUUUGCUCAGGGUUUGGGACUGAAGGGCCUUUGGACCUGAGGCUGGUGAACGGAGGUGACCGGUGCCAGGGCCGGGUGGAAGUUCUCUACCGAGGCUCCUGGGGGACCGUGUGUGACGACGACUGGGACAUCAACGACGCCAACGUGGUGUGCAGGCAGCUGGGCUGUGGUGUGGGCACAUCUGCUCCAGGAAGUGCCCGGUUCGGGCAGGGCUCAGGGCCCAUUCUCCUGGACAACGUGCGCUGCUCAGGGCGUGAGUCCUACCUGUGGAGCUGCCCGCACCAAGGCUGGAACUCACACAACUGUAACCACGGGGAAGACGCUGGCGUCAUUUGCUCAGGCACAUGGCCAUCCACUUCCACGCCUUCAACACCACCAAGCACCGGUACAGGGUUUGGGACUGAAGGGCCUUUGGACCUGAGGCUGGUGAACGGAGGUGACCGGUGCCAGGGCCGGGUGGAAGUUCUCUACCGAGGCUCCUGGGGGACCGUGUGUGACGACGACUGGGACAUCAACGACGCCAACGUGGUGUGCAGGCAGCUGGGCUGUGGUGUGGGCACAUCUGCUCCAGGAAGUGCCCGGUUCGGGCAGGGCUCAGGGCCCAUUCUCCUGGACAACGUGCGCUGCUCAGGGCGUGAGUCCUACCUGUGGAGCUGCCCGCACCAAGGCUGGAACUUGCACAACUGUGGCCACGGGGAAGACGCCGGCGUCACCUGCUCAGCCGCUCAGUCCCAGAGCACGUCCUGGCCAGACAUGCGGACAACCACUUACACGCCUUCAACACCACCAAGCACCGACUCAGGGUUUGGGACUGAAGGGCCUUUGGACCUGAGGCUGGUGAACGGAGGUGACCGGUGCCAGGGCCGGGUGGAAGUUCUCUACCGAGGCUCCUGGGGGACCGUGUGUGACGACGACUGGGACAUCAACGACGCCAACGUGGUGUGCAGGCAGCUGGGCUGUGGUGUGGGCACAUCUGCUCCAGGAAGUGCCCGGUUCGGGCAGGGCUCAGGGCCCAUUCUCCUGGACAACGUGCGCUGCUCAGGGCGUGAGUCCCACCUGUGGAGCUGCCCGCACCAAGGCUGGAACUUGCACAACUGUGGCCACGGGGAGGACGCCGGCGUCACCUGCUCAGCCGCUCAGUCCCAGACCACGUCCUGGCCAGGGUUUGGGACUGAAGGGCCUUUGGACCUGAGGCUGGUGAACGGAGGUGACCGGUGCCAGGGCCGGGUGGAAGUUCUCUACCGAGGCUCCUGGGGGACCGUGUGUGACGACGACUGGGACAUCAACGACGCCAACGUGGUGUGCAGGCAGCUGGGCUGUGGCUGGGCCACAUCAGCUCCGUUAGGUGCCUGGUUCGGCCAGGGCUCAGGGCCAAUAGUCUUGGAUGACGUGCGCUGCUCAGGGCGUGAGUCCUACCUGUGGCACUGCCCGCACCGAGGCUGGAACUCGCACAACUGUGGCCACGGGGAGGACGCCGGCGUCAUCUGCUCAGCUGCUCAGAAUGAUGGGACAUCCUGGCCAGACACAUGGACAACCACUUCCAUGCCUUCAACACCACCAAGCACAGACUCAGGCUUCGGGACUGAAGGGCCUUUGGCCCUGAGACUGGUGAACGGAGGUGACCGGUGUCAGGGCCGGGUAGAGGUUCUCUACCGAGGCUCCUGGGGGACCGUGUGUGACGACUACUGGGACAUCAACGACGCCAACGUGGUGUGCAGGCAGCUGGGCUGUGGCUGGGCCAGGUCAGCUCCAGGAAGUGCCAGGUUUGGGCAGGGCUCAGGGCCCAUUCUCCUGGACGAUGUGCGCUGCUCAGGGAGUGAGUCCUACCUGUGGCACUGCCCGCACCGAGGCUGGAACGUGCACAACUGUGGCCACGGGGAGGACACCGGCGUCAUCUGCUCAGCUGCCAGGCCCCAGUCUACACCCACACCAGAUUGGUGGUACACGAGUCCUGUCUACGGAUCUGAUUCUGGUUUGGACCUGAGACUGGUGAACGGAAGUGACCGGUGUCUGGGCCGCGUGGAGGUUCUCUACCGAGGCUCCUGGGGGACCGUGUGUGACGACGACUGGGACACCAACGACGCCAACGUGGUGUGCAGGCAGCUGGGCUGUGGCUGGGCCGUGCAUGCCCCAGGAAAUGCCUUGUUUGGUCAGGGCUCGGGGCCUAUUGUCCUGGACGACGUGCACUGCUCAGGGUAUGAGUCCCACCUGUGGAAUUGUCCCCACAGUGGCUGGAACGUACACAACUGUGGACAUUAUGAGGAUGCAAGUGUCGUCUGCUCAGGUGUCGAUGACAAUCCUGAGGCAGGACCCACAGAUGAGAAUUUCCACUGUGGCGGUUUGCUCACAAAUGCUUCCGGCUCCUUCUCCAGCCCUUGGUACCCUAAAAACUACCCCACAAACGUGACAUGCACCUGGGACAUACAGGUGGACGUCCGGGCUCGUGUCAAACUUACAUUUGAUGUGGUGGCGCUAGAAAAUAUCUAUGGCUGUCCGUAUGACUUCGUUGAAAUCUUUGAUGGCCCAUGGAACGAAUCUUUCUCCCUGGGGAGGUUCUGUUCCAGUGCGGCCCCAGUACUUACCUCCUCCUCAAAUCGCAUGACAGUGGUCUUCCACAGCCACGCUAUCACCACCAGCAGCAGCUUUCAUGCCACCUAUGAGUCCCUCAUGCAAGAUGAGAACGAUACUGAUGUGGCCCUGAGGCUGACCAAUGGCAGUCACCGGUGCGAGGGCCGCGUCGAGCUGCGCUACAAUGGAACCUGGGGGACCGUGUGUGACGGCGGCUGGGACCUGCUUGACGCCCAGGUGGUGUGCAGGCAGCUGGCCUGUGGCAGGGCCGUGUCAGCCCCCGGGGGCGCGCAUUUCGGCCGAGGCCAGGGCCCCAUUGCUUUGGACAACGUGGAGUGCGUGGGGACUGAGGACAAACUGUGGCAAUGCCUGCACGGUGGCUGGCUCUCCCACAACUGCGGCCACCUGGAAGACGCCGGUGUCAUCUGCUCCGCUGCCCUGCCUUCCUCAACGCCGACUGCCCUGGGAAGUCGCCUGGCUUCAGACUUGCCGAUCAUCAGGCUGGUGGGCGGGAGGAACCUCUGUGAAGGACGCAUCGAAGUCUACCACAAUGGCACGUGGGGGACAGUGUGUGACGACCUCUGGGACAUCAACGCUGCCCACGUGGCAUGCCGGCAGCUGGGCUGCGGGGAGGGCGUCAGCGCCCUGGGGGACGGCCACUUCGGGGCCGGCACGGGGCACAUCCUCCUGGACAACGUGCAGUGUCGGGGCGACGAGACCACGCUGGGCCAGUGCCGCCACCUGGGCCUGUCUGUCCACAACUGCGGCCACCGCGAGGACGCUGGCGUCGUUUGCUCAGAUGCCUCUGCAGUGUCAGCAGAAGUGACCUCUUCUUCUGAUGUCCCUUCCACCUCUGCAGAAGUGGACUCACCCUCAGAUACAGCUCCCACUUCAGGUGACAUGUCUUCCUCGCCAGCCACAGAUCUGAUUUCAACAGAACUGACACCAUCACCCGUUACAAUUUCAGUUGGUGAAGACACAGUUCCUUUACCUGACCCGCCCCUGCGCCUGGCAGGUGGGCGCAGCCGCUGCGAGGGCCGCGUUGAGGUCUGGCACCAGGGCGUGUGGGGCACGGUGUGCGACGACCACUGGAACAUCAGGAACGCCCGCGUUGUGUGCCGCCUUCUGGGCUGCGGCCGCGCGCUCAGCGCGCCGGGGCGCUGCCGCUUCGGCCCGGGCGCGGGGCCCAUCCUGCUGGACGAUGUGCGCUGCGCAGGCACCGAGGACGCGCUGGGCCACUGCGUCCACUCGGGCUGGGCUCGACACAACUGCCGGCACCGGGAGGAUGCGGGCGUCGUGUGCACAGGCGGAGCCGACUCUGUUGUGCCCAAGGACCAUGCCCAGCUCGUCUGCUCGCCUCGUCUCUUCCAAAUCACCAUUGACCGAGGCUACCUCCGGAGGCUGGGCUACUCCUCCUGGGACGUUCACUUAAAUGACGAGCUGUGUCGCCCCCAGGUCAUGGGGCACUACCUGGUCUUCAGCUUUCCCUACGGCCACUGUGGCUCCAUCCAGCAGGAAAGCCUCGGCUCCGUCAGCUACUCCAACUCCAUCCGAGGCCGGACGUGGGGCCGCCCUGGCCAAGUCAUUGUGCGGCACAAGGUGCCUCAGCUGAAGUUCACCUGCACCGUGGAUGGCCCGUCAGCGAUUGAAAUUGUUCCUGGGGCUGACGUCCCAAGGAAGGGUGGUAGCUACGAUGUGUCCAUAUCCUUCCUCGAGUGGCCCGUGUCCCCGCACAGGGGGAGCGAGGGACCCUACUACACCAGCCAGCGGAAAGAGGUCUUCCUCCAGGCCACGCUCCAUAGCCCCGGUCGCCACCUGAGGCCCUUCGUGGAUACCUGUGUGGCUUCCCCAGACCCCCGGGAUUUUACAACGGUCAAGUACGAGUUGAUCCGACACGGCUGCGUCAAAGACAAUACCUACGUCACCCUUCACUCUGACCAGAGGAACACGGCCCAGUUCAAGUUCAACGCCUUUAGCUUUCUCAGCAGCUAUGAUGUGGUCUAUCUGCAGUGUAAGAUCGUCGUGUGCAACAUGAGGGACCCGUCUGCCCACUGCCCCCCGGGGUGUGCAGGGCAGAAUCAGAGGGGUGCGGGCCCCGUGGGGGCCGCAGAAGAGCAGGCUGAGCACUUUCAGAUGGUGGGGCCCCUGGAAAUCCACAGAGGAACUGGUCAGCGCCCGCACUUCCCAUGA